CUACUCCCUCCCUAUCAUCCACGACUCCCUCACUCCUCAACGCCAUAUCCAAAUCUCCCGCGAAUCCCUCCAAAACCCAACCAUACAUUGCACGCGCUCGCGCCACGCGAGAGCCGAGAGGUUUGCGCCCUUGCAGUUGCGGGGUGGGAGGGGAGAAUGGCGCCGCCGCUGCUGCCGGCGGCUGAGGAAGACGGUGGUUGCGUGGCGAGGUGGAUGCGGAGGGAUGUGCUGCUGGGGCUGGCGCUGGGGCAGUUCGUGUCGCUGCUCAUCACCUCCACCGGCUUCUCCUCCUCCGAGCUCGCCCGCCGAGGUAUCAAUGCACCGACAUCUCAGUCUCUGUUGAACUACAUCCUUCUCUCCCUUAUCUAUGGAGGUAUACUCAUCUACCGGAGACAGCCCCUCACGAUAAAAUGGUACUACUAUUUGAUCCUUGGGAUUAUUGACGUGGAAGCGAAUUAUAUAGUUGUGAAGUCUUAUCAGUACACAUCUUUGACAAGCGUGAUGCUCUUGGAUUGCUGGUCAAUUCCUUGUGUGAUUAUUCUUACAUGGAUAUUUUUGAAGACCAAGUAUGGGCUCAGGAAGUUCAUCGGUGUUGGAGUUUGCGUGGCUGGACUUAUAUUAGUAGUAUUUUCAGAUGUCCAUGCCUCUGAUCGAGCUAAAGGACCCAACCCUUUGAAGGGAGAUUUGCUCGUAAUCUUUGGUUCCAUGCUUUAUGCUUGCAGCAAUGUUACAGAGGAGUACCUGGUCAAGAAAAGCAACAGAAUUGAGUUGAUGGCAAUGUUGGGACUUUUUGGAGCUAUUAUCAGUGGAAUACAAAUAAGUAUACUUGAGCGAAAAGAACUUCAUUCAAUCAAAUGGAAUGCUGGCGCAGUGCUUCCUUUUCUUGGAUUCGCAUUAGCGAUGUUCCUGUUCUACUCAACUGUACCUACAGUACUGAAGAUAUGUGGGGCAACGAUGCUGAACCUCUCACUGCUGACUUCAGAUAUGUGGGCUGUUCUGAUCCGCAUCUUUGCUUACCAUGAGAAGGUUGACUGGAUCUACUUCGUUGCCUUCGCCGGCACAGCGGCUGGCCUCCUCAUCUACUCAUACAAGAGCUCCAAGGAGGCAGAGGAGACGGCGCAGGUCGCCGGAGCUAGUGACAAGCAGGGCAAAGCGGGCGAUGAAGAGGCCGGAAUGCAGAACUCCUCGUGAAUUGAAGCUCCGGUGCCUGCAUCUGCAUCGGCAUCGGCACGAUCUCUCUCUAACAAGGGAUCAUCGUUAACUGCGUGCGAGUACACGUACUUACAGGGAAAUAUGUUAGUUGUUGAUGAAUUAACAUCAGGUUUAGUGCGGGUGGAGUGAGGGAGGACAGGCAGUAAUUGAUUGAGCAGAUGGGUAGAAGAGAUCAAACGAUGGACUGAAGGAGCCGAACUGAGGACCAGAAAAACUGGGCAGGAAGCUUUCCUCACCUUUUAUUAUUUUAUAAAAUAUAUACAUCAAUAAUUUUACAAUAAAUAGAUGUGCCAAUUUCUUUUGUUUU